CUUGGCCAGCAGAGGCAGCAGUGAGCUCUCAUCCUGCUCUGGGGAAGUCUGCCAUUCUGAUCCGUGGCUCUGGUCGGAGCUAUGUUGUCCAGGGUUCUGCUGUUCACCCUUGCUCUGCUGUUGCUGCCGUCGCUAGUCCAGGGAUGGAUGCACAAAAAAUAUGAAGUAAAACGAGGUCACCCUGCUAUCAGGGAGUGUGAGAGGAAGCCAAAAUUGUAUCUGUGCAAUUUCCACUGUGAAGCUAACCAAGACUGCCAAGCCAACAACAUCUGCUGCUCAACGCUGUGCGGGAACGUUUGUGUGAACCUGCUGGAUAAGAGAGAAUGGGUAGCGCCUGUCAUUCCCGCUGGUGAUUUCCAACCAGAGGACCGGCCCUCCAAGGUCUCGUUUGAAGGGGAUAUGGUUACGGUUGCCUUCACCCCUUCGCCUCCUGUCCUCAGUAUAUAAACUAGAAUAAAUAAAUGUUGUGGCAA